GAGAGAUCGUGACAGCCUGAGAGCGGGGAAAAGAGAGAGAAAAGUGAUUGAAAAGAAAGGGACAGGACCCAUCGCAAGAAAGGAAGAUGAAACUGCAACUAGUCUGCAUGGUCUUCAUUCUUCUCAGUGCUGCCACCAGAAACACUUGUGCCUUCAAACUUCAGACAGAUGUUGAGAAAGACCUCACGAGCUUGGAUACGUACAAGACAGAGCCCAGGGCGAAUACCGUUCAGGCAUUGCUACGCAGAGCCAAGCGCUUCAACAGCCACUUCCCCACCUGCCGCUACUGCUGCAAUUGCUGCAGAAACAAAGGAUGUGGCAUGUGCUGUUGGGCCUGAGGGCCAAGGAUGACCACCGGGCCGCUCCCCGUCUCAGCACCACACACACACCAGGCUCCCCAAUCUUGCCCCCCACCCCGUACUGCUCCCUACCACCUUCAACAAAUUUUUCCUUAUUUAUUAGUUUGGCACUGUUUUUUUCGUUUGCUCGCUUUGUGCGCUCUCGUUUGUUACUGUUGGGAAUUAAAGUGUUUUUACCACA